GGAGGGGGAGGUUGCGAGAGGCACCGCCCGAGGGCGGUGGGGCGGCGCCAUGUUGUUUGUAGUCUCGACCCCGCGCAGGGGCGGCUUCCGCGCAGGCGCAGAGGGCUUUGUGCCGCGGCGGGCGGAGUGCGGAGGUGCCGCGGUCCAGAAUCCCUAUUUGCUGCUUUGAGGAUUAAUUGGCUCUACUGCCAGCACAAUGGAUGAACUGCAGGAUGUUCAGCUGACAGAGAUCAAGCCACUCCUGAAUGACAAGAAUGCAGCUCGCAACUUCCAGGACUUCGACUGUCAGGAACAUGACAUUGAGACAGCUUUCGGAGUGGUUCAUGUCACCAUGCGGGGCACACCCAAGGGGAACAGACCUGUCAUCCUCACAUACCAUGACAUUGGCCUCAACCACAAAUCCUGUUUUAAUGCUUUCUUUAACUUUGAAGACAUGCAAGAGAUCACCCAUCAUUUUGCUGUGUGCCAUGUGGAUGCACCAGGCCAACAGGAAGGAGCCCCCCCAUUCCCAUCUGGGUACCAGUAUCCCAGUAUGGAUGAACUGGCUGAAAUGUUACCUGCUGUUCUGACACACCUAAACCUGAAAAGCUUCAUUGGGAUUGGCCUAGGCGCUGGUGCUUAUGUCCUGAGCAGGUGUGCACUCAGUCACCCUGACCUGGUGGAGGGACUUGUUCUUAUUAAUGUUGAUCCAUGCGCAAAGGGGUGGAUUGACUGGGCAGCAUCCAAGUUUUCAGGCUGGACAACCAACAUAGUGGAUAUUGUCUUGGCACAUCAUUUUGGCCAUGAGGAACUGCAGGCAAAUCUAGAUUUGAUCCAAACAUACAGGCUUCAUAUUGCGCAGGACAUUAACCAAGACAACCUUCAGCUGUUCCUCACCUCAUACAACAGUCGUAAAGAUCUAGAAAUUGAGAGACCAGUUGUUGGUGUCAAUGAAAUGACUGCAAAAACACUAAAGUGCCCUGCAUUGCUCGUUGUUGGUGACAACUCACCUGCUGUGGAAGCAGUGGUUGAAUGCAAUUCCCGUCUUGACCCAACCAAAACUACCCUUCUGAAGAUGGCUGACUGCGGGGGCUUGCCCCAGGUGGUUCAGGUGAGAUACACCUUGGCUCUCCCAUGGCAUUUGAGCGCAAAUGAGCCCUUUGUUCUGCUUGCACUAAAGCCACCCUCUCUGUUUCCACAGCCUGGCAAGCUGACUGAAGCCUUCAAGUACUUUGUGCAGGGAAUGGGCUACAUCCCUUAUGUGCAGCUCAGCCACCUAAGCACUGAGUCAGUGCCAGCAGCCAGCAUGACCCGGUUGAUGCGUUCCCGUAGCCACUCCUCCUCCAGCGUGGGCUCUGGUGAGAGCAGCCGCAGCCGGUCUCAUGCCAGCACCCACGGGGAAGGGAGUGCUGGAACCCCAGAAGGAAUUGACCUCCAGGCUGCACCUCAAACCAUGGAAGUAUCCUGUUAGGCAGGAGCCCCUCUUCUGGAUUCAGACAGCUCCACUCACCCCACUGAACCCACUCAGAAUUUAGCAUUUCAUCUGACAUGGCAUUAACUGUUCUCUCUAACCUGUGCAUGCCCAUCUGAGCAGCCACCUCCUUGGUAGUCUGUACUUGACAUUACUUUGAUCUUUUCUGUAUCCCCUUGGCAUCAGAGUCUCUUUAAAACUCGUUGACAUUCCACAGUCUUAGUAAGUCCCAUUACUGUACAUGCUGAUGCCGUCUCCUGUCUGUGCUGUGUAUCAAUCCAGAUGACAGCCGUUGUCUCCCCUCUUCAUUUAAAUAUAAUUUCUGUGGCUUUGUGAGGUUUAGAAUUGCUUUCUAGUUGUGCUUCUGCUAAAGGGCCCUUGUGAUGCAGUUGGUAUGUCAUUGGUGGGACGUGGGAAAGUAAGACCGUGAGGAUGUGGCACUCCAGGCACUGGAGCAGGCAAUGCAGUGUGGAGCUGUACCUGGGAUGCAGAACCCACUGGAAGAUCUGUCUGUCCCCAGGGCUGUUUCACAUGCCAUGCAGCCUGAGACUAACAAAUGGUCAGGAAUACUGCUUUGGUCUUAUCCUGUGUAUGAGCGUUAAGAAGGAGCAGAGUGAUUUCUUACCUGAGUCUCCUGAAAAAGCAAAGCAACUAACCAGUAAACUACACUAACAAGGUGCACUAUUAACCCAGAAAAGGGAUUAAACUCCGGCAGCCCUGGCUGUAGACCACUUCUGCAACCCUCUGCUGACCUGGAAGAAGGGCAGGAUGCAGUGACACAUGGUUGCUGUUCUCCCCUGGCACAGGUGAAUAUUUAAUAUUGAGCAGGUUGUGAAAUGGGAAGCAGUGUGUCCCACUGUCACUGCCCCAGGCAGGAUCUGCACAGGGUGCAGUUAUAUGGGGACAAGGAACACCAGGGAGUGUGGCAGCCAGAAAUCACACAUUCCUGUGAGUCGUGUCAGAAGGGUGAGCAAUGAACACCUCUGUCCAGAUAGCAAUUACUGUCUUUGUGGAAUUCACAACUGUGCUACCUUUUUACACCUGGCUGGGUCACCAAGGGUAGACAGCAGAUGCCUGCUGCCAGGGUCUGGUGUUAAUGGGAGAAAAGGGAUGAGUGGUCAGGCUGCUGCAAGUCUCAAUUGAUAAGCAAAACCUCCUUUCCUCACUGCUGAGCAGCCCUGACCCAAUGGGAGCCAGCUCCUCCCAGGGUCAUGCUCACAUUCUGCUCCAUUUCAGGUAGGGAAUGGCACUGGGAGGCUCUGCCUGAGGGGGACUUUGUACCAGUUAUUGAAUAAAGCUAUAACUGAAUUUCAUUGUUA